UGGCACCGGGUCCGGCGUGCGUCGUUUUGUUCUCGAAACCUCUCCCCGCGUCGUCGUCUCCGUCUCCUCCUUCGCUUCUCCUCCUCCUCCUCCGUUAAUUCUUCGAGUAGCAGCAGUGACGACGACGACAACGACAGCAGCAGCGGCAUGUUCGGCUGCGUGGCCGCGGGCCGCCUGGUGCAGACGGAUGUGCAGCAAGUGGCGGAAGACAAGUUUGUGUUCCUGCUGCCGGACUGCGAUCAGAUCCACCACGUAGUGGUGUUCCUCACGGGCACGAUACCCUUCCCGGAGGGUAUGGGCGGCUCCGUGUACUUCUCCUAUCCCGACGGGGCCGGCGGCGCCUCGUGGCAGCUACUGGGCUUCCUUGCCAACGACAAGCCCAGCGCCAUCUUCAAGAUCGCACGUCAGACACUGAACAGUGCAUCGCAGCACCCGUUUGGGCUAAUGAACCACGCGCGAGGACCCUCAGUCUCUCAGAUCGGCAUCUCGGUGGAGCCGCUGAUUCAGCUGCUGCAGCAGACGCCUGUGACCAGUGCAGCUGUCUCCACGCUCGACUCUUUCACAGAGUUCACGCAGAAAAUGCUCGAGAGCUUCUUCAACUACACUUCAUCGUUUGCAGUGAGCCAGACACAGAUGGUGCCCAACGUGUCAGAAACCUUCAUCCCGUCCUCUGUCCUGAAGAAGUGGUACGAAAACUUCCAGAGGCGGCUACUGCAAAAUCCAAACUUCUGGAAAUCCUAAUAUGGACAAGUAUGAGGGCUUACUUUAAGGAAUUAGCUUGGCAUAUUUAAGUAAACAAAACAAAAACAUUGUUAAUGUCACCACCCCUACAAGCUGCUCACUGUUUCUCACGAUAUAUAGAACUGGUGUUAAUGCCACAUACUGCUCAACAGCAAAUUCACACACCUGUAACAAAGUCUGAACAUGUUUACGAAGAGCUUUGCUCACACUAACAUCCCUUUGCCAAAUAUAAUAAGUGAUCCCCACUAGCCCAGGCGAACUCUGACCUCUGCACGUGAUGCUUCAAAGCAAUGCAGCUCAGGUCCGGCGUUGGGUCUGCAGUCAACAUGCACCAAGUUAUUUGAGGAGCGAUGGCUGGGGGUGAUGUGGUUUUAAGUGAAAUCAAGGCUGCAUUGAUGUUUUCAAACUGUGUUCAUCUCCUGACAUGAGCCAUCAGUAUGUAAUGUGUGCUGUUUGCACUGGAAAUAAAUGGCCACUCCACUUAACAAGUUCACAAGUUCAGUCACUUCACAUACUGAUAUUUUUUAGGGUUGUACUGAUUUUGAUUGGCGUGAUGUCCAAUUUUUUGCUACAUGUGCUUGGAGCUUCGUCGGACGUGAUGCCAAACCAUGUGGUACAGCCCAAAAACAUUCCAGAGUGCUACAGCACAACCGUGAAAACCUGAGCAGGAGAAGAUAUAGUCUUCAGUUUAAAAGCACAUUUUUUUGCAAACCGUGUUUUAAUAUGAAGUGUUGGAGCAGAGGUUAGCGCAAUACACUGUGAACCUGGUGACCUUUGAUUCUUGUCCAUGGCUAGCAUCAGAGGAGGGUGAUAUCUGAACUGGUUUUGUGCGACUCCUUCACGAACCCACACUGACCAUUGUGGUUAAGUAUGGUCAACCAACACCAUGACCAUGAUGUGGGAAGUCCAUCCAGCAAGAGAUUGACAAAUGUCUAAUUAUUAUUAAAAGUAGAAUUCAAUCUGAAGCUUAUGUCGAUACCAUCAACCCAUUACAUUUCCAUAUAUAUUUUAAAGUAAUGUAUAGGCCAUUAAACAGUGUGUUGUGUAUUUAUCGAGAUUUGGAGCAGUUUUGUGAAUGAGUAGGGUUCAGUUGUCGAGGUGUACACAUACAGGUGCCUAUAUUUGUUUAACUCAAAAUAGUUUGGCUUGAAUUCUAUUAUUUGCACGCUAAUAAGUAAUGUUUGCAUAAGUAUGAAAUGUACAGCAAAUAUAUUUCAAAAUGCUUUUGUUAAGUCUUAUUGUGAACACUGAUGUUUAAUGACAUUUUUAUUAUUUGCAAUAUUCUAAACACAUGCACAUGGAUUUGCAUAUGUUCCAAAAGUAAUAAUUUUGUCAAAAAUUAUCAGGUCAAGAUAUGUUUUUUUAACUGGGAUGGGUUUGUUUAUUACUGGUGACAUUUGUAUGCAAUUGAAUGUCUUUUGUAUCAAAAGAACAAUGAUAUUUAUCUGAUAAAAAGGGCCGAAAUACAGUAAGUCCUCUAAUUACGUUAGGGAAAAACGUAAAUGGAAUCCUAUUUUACCAUUAAUGAUUUAAAUUUCGGAUACGUUCCGACGUGUAAUAUUUUUGGUUAGAACUUGCAGAAACAACAUUAAAUAAGCAUCAUGUCCAAAACAUAGAGUUUAAAUCUUCAUACCAGAGAUGGCGGUGGAGAGUGCAUUUAGAGAGGGUAAUGGACACAGGAUAGUUUCCAGUACAGUUGCGAUGUCAACACCGAGACGCUUGGUGUGACAGCGGUUGCGUAACAAUUUUCAAAACAAGUUUAUGAAUUCAUUUUCAAAUCUAAUUGCAUUCCCCAAUUCGUUGAGACGUUAAUUGCGAAACAACGUAAAUAGAGGACUUGCCGAAUAACGUUUCUGCAUGGGACUUCUGCUUGUUAAAAAAACAUGACUGACAUUAAGUGUGAAUUUAAGCUCCAAGAAAACAUAAUUGAAACAUUAAACUACCGCAGUGUUUGAAUCGCAUGGCUUGUCAGUAGUACUCAGUAUUUUAAAGUGGUUGGAUCUUACCUCCCAUGUUUUUUGACACUUGAUCAUGCAAAACAUACCCCUUCCCAUAUCCGAGCCAUGCCAAAUCGGGACCUCAGCAAUACCAGUGGUCUUCCUCCAUAAAGCUGCCACGUGGAGCCUUGACCGACCGGUGAUAUGCUGCUGUUUUCGCAAGACAUGUCUGGGCCAAGCCAGGCAAAGAUCUAGGCUUAAUGACGUUUUAAAUGCGUCUGACGUCAAGUCAAACCCACUAUGAGGACACGAUAACAUCACCGUGUCAUCGACACGUCUCUAAGUUACACACUGCAUGUUCCCUCGGCUGAUUAGUUGGGAUUCUCUGGCUAUCAAAACGUCCUUGCUGCCUUCACGACCCAUCAAGCGCCUGGCUCGGCACGGUCCAGUGUGGCUUGGGAUGCGUCAGUGGAAAAUGCGCAUUGGUGUACUUGGGCUGGUGGAUGGAGCGAGAACUCCCGUUCUUGUAUCCUUCCAUUCAUGUUUAUUUUGUUUAACCAGGUGAGAAGUCAAGAGACCCAGGGUCGUUUCCUUUGCGAGAGUAACCCGGGUCACCAAAGUGACAAGGCAAAACAAUCUUAUAAAGGAGGGCAAUAGCAAUUGUGACAAAAGCGUGUCGCAAGAAAUCAAAAAUACUGCGCACGUGAGGUUAUACGUUCCCUGUAGCAUAUCUGCUUCGACUGAUCAUAGUACAACUGGAAUUUCAGUUAAGAAACACGUAAAGGACAUUAAUGACACUCUAAUGAGCUUUUGUCUACAAAUGGGGUUUCUACAGCAGGUACUCUGCCUUCCACUUAUGGAAUUGGGUUAAUGCCCAUUGCAGAACCUUCUUGGGAGUCUUGCAACUAAGGCUUUCGCUGUAAAGGAAAACCUCAAAUAUAUUUAUGGCGAUUAUUGCACUCGUAUGUAAGCAUUCUCGAAUUUGUCAACUGGCAGCAGGCAAAACAAAGCGAGUUGUCGAAUAUCGUGAAAUUGUGAGUGUCGGAAAAUAUCACCUUGUGUGAACAAAUACAUCCAUGAGUUAGGAAGAAUUAUGUAAUGUUCAUUUUGCGUGUGUAUUAUUGUUAAGCACCACCACAGCCAUCCCGAGGCGAUGGCGAAUCCGGGCGUUCGCCCCGGGCCCCGCGUGGUGGUGGGGGGGGGGGCUCUGCG